CUUACCAAUCACGUGUAUUGCAAACCACAUUCCUUGGAAGUUGCUCAACAAAACGAAGAAAAAAUGUCCGAUAUCUGCGUUAAGGCUUCUCUUAGGAGCGAUGAUGCUACGUACUCUAAGAGUUUGGGAGUUCUCCCCUCCAACGAUAGUGCAGCCGUUGCUACCCACGUUGUCACGGAUCUCAGAGUAAUAGUCUCUCCGGCAGCUCCUCCUUCCGCCUCCGACACAAAAUGGCACCGCAUAGAGAAGGAGCUCUACCUAUAUGCAUCCCAGCAAAGUGCAUGGUUGUAUGUAGCGUUAGUGAAUAAGGAAGAACUACGUGCGGCAGAGGACUUGGUUGUUGUGAAUAUCAGCGUCGGUGAGCAGACUCCCACUGACUCAGGUACUUCAUGGGAGAGCCGACCUUACGGAAUCUGGUUGUUGAGACGCAAGUUCUCUACUAUUGACGAGACUGUUACAGAGGUGGAUGUGUUCUUUGGCGUAGAUGCCGUUGACCCGCGACCGCAAUGGGCUCUCAUGCAAUCACCGCUCCAGCUUGAGACUCACCCGAAGAUACCAGUUGCGAGACUAAGUGUACUCCGCGGCAGGGCACCGAGAUCAGAUACUCCGGCGGCUUUGAGAGUCAGGGAGGAUGGCAAAUUCAAGAUCCUCCAGAUCUCUGACACACACAUGGUCACCGGUGUCGGGGUAUGUAGGGAUGCUAUUGAUGCCCAUGGGAACGAUCUGCCAGAGAGCGACGCCGAUCCACUUACGGUAAAGUUCAUUGAAAAUAUCUUGGAUAUUGAGAAACCAGACCUUGUGGUUCUCACUGGAGAUCAGUUACACCACGACAUCCCGGAGAGUCACACUGCUAUUUUCAAGGUGGUAGCCCCAAUGAUCAACAGAUCAAUCCCAUUCGCGGCUGUCUUUGGGAACCAUGAUAGUGAGGGAAUCCACGCAUUAAAUCGAGAUAAGCAGAUGUCAAUACUCCAGAAUCUGCCGUUUAGCUUCUGUAGGCCAGGCCCAACGAAUGUAGACGGCAUAGGCAACUACUAUAUUCAGGUUUUGGCUCCCGGCCAGUCAUCACUCCCGUUAUCGACUUUAUACUUCUUGGAUUCACAUGGUCAAGUUCCUGGUACCACUGGCUAUGAUCAUAUCAAGCAAAGCCAGAUUGACUGGUUUACGGAAACUUCCCAAGCGGCACGAAUGGCGCAAGACGACAAUAACAACAGUGGCUUCCAUUUAUCUCUGGUUUUCCUACACAUCCCUCUUCCCGAGUUUGGAGACAAAAACCUUCGUAUAGGCAACGGACACCGAGAGGAACCGACUGAGGGGCCUAACAUCAACUCCCAUUUCUACGACGCUUUGGUCAAAGAAGAAAUUUCGGCUGUAGGCUGCGGACACGAUCACGUAAAUGACUUUUGCGCUCUGCUGCCACAACAAGUGCAGCAGGAUGGUGACGGAGCCCCUCAGCGUGGCCCUUGGCUAUGCUAUGGAGGUGGUAGCGGGUUCGGGGGAUACUGCUCAUACGGCAAAUGGCCAAGGCAAAAGCGAUUUCACCGACGAAUGCGGGUCUGGGAACUCGGUACGACUACUGGGAGCUUAACGACUUGGAAGCGGGUCGAAUAUAAUAGGGAAAGGGUUGAUGAGCUGGUGCUCGUAGAAAAUGGAGCGGUGGUUGAUCCUCCUAGCGAUACAGAUGAAGACAGAAGCUAUGGAGUGAGUUGAAGCUCUUUUUCGCGGCAAGCCCAGCAUUGUAUCGGUGGUCCAUCGUUCAUAGCAUCCGCCAUAGCACGGAAUAGAAGAUUAAAUGCUGGCGACGGGGGAAGGUGCAUGUCAGAGUUCGUUGUGGCUCGGUUAUGUUGUGGCUGUGCAAUACGAGAGAGACACAUGUCGGGGUCUUGAUCAUCAUGAACCAUUCAAGGCAAUCAACCACAUGGCUACUUGUCGGCCUAAUAGAUCACCGGCUUACUCUUGAAGGCAUAAGACCCCAAGGCUAUAGCAGUCCACCUGUUUAUGACAACGAUCAGACGUAAACUGUUUCCAUCCGUACACGAAAGCUGAAUAGUUGACCGAACCCAGCGUCUUUCAAACUCUACAAAAUAUACAUACAACUCCAUCCAAUCGUCAGGGUAAUGUCCCAGCAUCCUCGAAAGAUAUGCCAUUGCCUUUACCAAAGAAAAAACCUAGCUCUAGGUUUCGUAAGGUUACCGUUGAUGGUUUAGAAGGUGUUGGGAAAACUUUACUCAUAGCCGCACUCCUCAAAGAAGCAGUGGACACCUCCUACGGUGGUCUCCCUAGUGAAAUAUUACCUCCUUCUGAUUCGAAUAUUACGGAACUACAGCGCGGGGUAGAAGGCGACACAAGUGUAGUUUCCUUCUGGGAGAAUUCAUAUACUUACACGAGGCUUCUCCCCAUAAUGUUCGUCAAUGCAGCUGUCGUCUUAUUCUGCUUCUCACUUGACUUCAUGGGUAGCGUGGAGGACCAUCUGGAAGUCCUUCAGUGGAAGCUUGAGGGGUUGUGCUCUCGAGACUUCCCACAAGAAAUAAGAAUGCCUAUUUUUAUGGUUGGAUGCAGGAGCGACUCUCAAGAUCCAGAUACGAGUGCUGGCAGAGCAAGAGCAAAACAAUACGCACAGAGUAUCGACAUGGACGGCUACUUCGAGUGCUCGGCUAUUACAGGGGAAGGCGUGCCAGAGCUUCUUGACGCUGUUAUGAGUAUUGCUCUUUCUACUGAAAAGUAUACUCCCCGUCGGCGCUUGUGGCCAAAGAAGAAGCAAAGGAGAAAUCAUCGUUGUGUCGUUUUAUAAUUUAGGCGUUUUCGUUGAAGGAAGCUGCUGCAAUGAGGAGCAUGUUUCUGCUUCGCAAUAUAACGCCACCUUUCAUUCAAACUUCUGAGUUAUUGCAAGGGCUGCCUAUAUAAUUUCCAUCUAAAUGUAUGUCUUAAUCAGUACCCGUCCUAUUCG